AUGUCAGCAACAAAUAGCAAUUCUCCUAAACCAAAAACCUAAUCUAUGUCUUACUCCAAAUCAGAAGUCUUGUCGAAUUCAAAUGAUGUAGUCUAUAGAGGUCCAAAAAGUGAAAUAAUAUAAUCAAACAAAAUUUUGGACGAGGACCAUUUUGACAGUUAAUAAUCUAAAAGCAAGUCUGGGAACUACUUUAAUAUCAUAAUCAUAGGAUUAGUUAUUUUAGGAUUAACCGCUGGCUUAGUGAUUGGAUAUAAAAUAAUGAAAUCAGGAAAUGUUUAGGAUGAAGAACAAAUGAAUGUGUUUGUGAACAUAGUCUCACAAUCUCUAUUAAGUAAUCUUGAAUAACAAAAAUUUCUUAUAAUAGAUGAUUAACUUAAAUCAUUGAAAAAGUUUUAUGAAAAACAAUUAACUAAUACUAUUUGGUCUAAGAUUGUGACGCAUAUUCAAUAAUAACCUAAUGUAUUACUUAGUUAAGAUAAGAAAAGAUGGAUAUUGAAAGUGUGA